GAAAAUCUUCGAGCUCGCGAAGGUUAAGGUAAGCAAAAGCGACGCACGGACCAGAGAAGAGGCUUCCAUGCACGACCCACAAAUCCACCCCGAUGGGUCUCCCGCCCGAAAUUUUUCUCGACCAAUCUCUGGCCAGACAAGGAGAGAGAGCGAAGAAGGCACCAGUCCAGCGCUGAGGUGCCCUAAUUAAGCGAGGAUUCACCGGCCUCGCACAAUCCACCCGCACCGCCCGAACGGAGCGCCUCGCAACAUAUCGCUUUUCCGAUCGUGAACUUUUUUCCCUUCCCUUUUUCCAAACCCGACCAGCGACCGACCGACUGACCCCCUCGUCUCCAGCCGACAACAACCACCAACACCGUCAAAAUGGGCCGUCUUCACUCCAAGGGAAAGGGUAUCUCCGCCUCGGCGAUCCCCUACUCGCGCAACCCCCCCUCGUGGCUCAAGACCACCCCCGAGCAGGUCGUUGACCAGAUCUGCAAGCUGGCCAAGAAGGGUGCUACCCCUUCUCAGAUCGGUGUCAUCCUCCGUGACUCCCACGGCGUUGCCCAGGUCCGCGUUGUCACCGGCAACCGUAUCCUCCGCAUCCUCAAGUCCAACGGCCUUGCCCCCGAUAUCCCUGAGGACCUGUACAUGCUCAUCAAGAAGGCCGUUGCCGUCCGCAAGCACCUCGAGCGCAACCGCAAGGACAAGGACUCCAAGUUCCGCCUCAUUCUCAUCGAGUCCCGUAUCCACCGCCUCGCCCGCUACUACAAGACCGUCGGUGUCCUCCCCCCCACCUGGAGAUACGAGUCCGCCACCGCCUCCACCAUCGUCUCUUAAGCGCGCCCUUGUCGCUACUACGAAUGGAACGGUCGUCGCAUUGACGCGGUGGAUUCUAGGUCAUGGAGUUGGGGUAUUAGGAAAGUGCAUUUAGAGCUCCGAUGCCAGCUCUCUAGGGCCCGGUGGCCGCAUGGUUCAGCCGUGGAGUAGGAGGAAUGAAAACACCAAAAGUUUUUUUUUCUUCCCAUGUCACUUGAAAGAAGUAGACAAAUCAUUCCAAAAAAAAGAAGAGGAAAUCCCUUCCACGGCAACACAAGCGUUUGUCUUUGUGCGUUUUUUAUGAUGAAUCAAAAGUUAUGA